CAAGAUCUCUUGUUCACUUGUGUGUGUGGUGUAUCUUACUUCUUGUUGUAUCUUAUUUAAUGCCUUAUCGUAUAUAACAUUUUCAUGCAUUGGUCUUUGAAAGGAAGAAGUGAGAUCAAGACUGUGUUCAAACACUUCCUUUUUCAUCCCUGAAGUGACAUAAUUUAUCGCGUGUUUUGCUCAAACAUCCUAGUCACACGGUGUGGCAGGUUUGGAAUCUGAAUUUGAGAUUUGUAUAGUGAAUCUACAGUUUCCAACACUGUGGUUGGCCAUUGUGAAGACAACAUGCUUGUGGUGUUUGGACUCCUGGUGAUGUUAACUGGACUCUCUAAUGGCAUGGAGGAGAAAUGCUGUGAUGCUAGACAGAACAUGUCACGUCACGGAGCUCUGGGAGAAACUGUCUAUCUUCAGCUGAUGAAUAAUGCCACAGGGUCUGAACUCAUAUUUAAAAAAGACCCCACUGGUGCUAGUAUAAAGAUAUUCAGCAUGAAAAACAACACAGUGAGCUUCCAUGACUCCAUUAAAGCAAGAUCAGAGUUCUUUAUCAACAACGGGACAUUUAGGAUAUCUAACACAGAAAAGAGUGAUUCUGGUGAAUAUCUCUUAGAAAUCUAUAAUUCACAUGGAACACGUUUGUGCACCGGAGGAGUACAACUGAUAAUUGGAGGAGGAUCUUAUGGGACUGUCAUAGGGUCACUAGUAGCUGUGGUCCUGGUCCUAACCGUGGUAGUGGGAGCUUACUGUAUUCACAAGAGGAGGACACCUCCACAGGCUCCAGUCCCCACAGAUGCUGAUGAGAGUCCAGAACUGGAACAUGCUGACAUCAAUAUUCUAAAGAAGAUGGAGAAACACAGGGAGGUUCCAGAGGAUGUGGAGUAUGGACAGGUAGUAGUAUUGAAGGGUUCCAGACCAACCACAGAGAGAGACAGACCUGAGGGGCGGGAGGAGACUGUGUAUGCUGGAAUACAGCUUGGCCAAUGAGAGAGGUUCUUCAAUGUAGGCCGGGAUAUGAAUGGUUGAUGUUUAGACAUAGUAUUGAUGCUCUGUUGCUUCUUUUUUUACUUUAAAUAAUUUUAUCUAACUUUUCCAUAUUUCUGUACAUAUUUUCAUGAAAUGUAUAUAAACAUCAAACAACUAAACUGUA